AUGGUGCUCUCAACAGGCUUAAAUUCUCAUCCUUACUCAAUUGCUAUCCAAGAUCUCAAUGAAGACGGCCGAGUAGAUAUAGCUGUGGCCAAUUAUGGUACUAAAAAUCUUGUUACGUUUCUGGGAAGUGGGGAUGGAAUAUUUGAAAAUCAAGCAAGUUACGGUGUAAAUUUCGAUUACGCUCCAUUGAUGAUUGGUGCUGGUAGUUUCAACAAAGAUGGACGUUCAGAAAUUAUUGUCGCAUAUGAUGGCAUCGAUCAUGUAGAUGUGCUUGUCACAUAUAAUCUUGGGUCUUUCGAUCGUCACAUGACAUAUUCAACUGGUUCUUGGCCACGCUCUGUAGCUGUUGGUGAUUUUAAUAAUGACACCCGAUUGGAUAUCGUUGUCGCUAAUCAGUACGACAACACUGUAAGCAUCCUUCUCGGAUAUGGAAAUGGCUUUUUUGCAAAUCAAGUGAGAUAUUCAACUGGCUCUUCGCCAUACUCUGUAGCUGUUGGUGAUUUUAAUAACGACACCCAUCUGGAUAUCGUUGUGGCUAAUUGGAAUGAUAACACUAUAAGUGUGCUUCGUGGAUAUGGAGAUGGCUCUUUUGCAGAUCAGACGAUAUAUUCAACUGGCACUUCGCCAUACUCUGUAGCUGUCGGUGAUUUUAACAACGAUACCCGACUAGAUAUCGUCGUUGCUAAUUAUGAUGACAACACUACAAGUGUAUUUCUCGGAUAUGGAAAUGGCUCUUUUACAAAUCAAACAACAUAUUCAACUGGCUCUGGCCCGCAAUCUGUAGCUAUUGGUGAUUUUAAUAACGAUAGCCUAUUGGAUAUCGUCGUCGCUAAUUAUGAUGACAACACCGUAAGCAUCCUUCUUGGACAUGCUGAUGGUACUUUUGCAAAUCAAACGACAUAUUCAACUGGCACUUGGCCAUACUCUGUAGCUGUCGGUGAUUUUAACAACGAUACCAGACUGGAUAUCGUCGUCGCUAAUUUGGGUAACAAGACUGUAAGUGUUCUUCUCGGAUAUGGAAAUGGUUCUUUUGCAAAUCAAAAGACAUAUCGAACUGGUUCUGCACCAUACUCUGUAGCUAUUGGUGAUUUUAAUAGUGACAAUCGACUGGAUAUCAUCGUCGUUAAUUGGGAUAGCAACAAUAUGAGUGUCUUUCUUGGAUAUGGCAAUGGAUUUUUUGCAAAUCAAAUGAUCUAUUCAACUGGCAUUAGUCCUUCAUCGGUAGCUGUUGGUGAUUUUAAUAAUGACACUCAUUUGGAUAUCAUCGUUGCUGAUUUGAAUCAGGCAAGGGCUCAUAACUGGGAAUGGAUCUCGACCGAGAUCGUUCGCCAUUGGGGAUUUUAA